UUAGUUGGACGGAGCAAAACUAACCAAACGUCCUUGUCUAAAUUUGAGGGAAGUGUAAUUUGGACACUUUCCAACAUUAAAUGCUGCCAUGUACUCUCUUUCAGGCGAUGGUGUAGUAGUACUAUAAAAGCUGAUGUAUACACGUCGGUAUUUAUCAUCUACCUUUCCACUAUGAUUUGUGGCCUAAAGUUUAGGCCAUCCAUCGUCUAGCUACUCUAUAACUAAUGUCUAAUAAUUAUUAUCUACUCCCGUAUCAGCUGGUAGCACGUGCAUGAUGUCCAUCUUUAACAAUCUAUUAAGAAAUGGUAUAGGGGUAAUAAUGAACAUGGAGAACCAACCGCAAGGCCGCCGGGCGCCGGCCGGUGGCUAAUGCGACAGUGAUGGAUGCCGCUGUUGACUUGACGACCACCGGGCCGGGUCGUCUCUUGAGGCGAGAGCUGAUGUCCACUAGUGAACCACCUGCACUGAAAUUGAGCAUCGCGUCGCGCCUGACCACCAGAGCGUGCUCGCUACGCUAGGACGACGAGGAGGAAAUGGCGCAAGGGGCCGCCGGCGUAGUAGACACGAGGAGGCAUGGCGGCAAGCCGCACGCGGUGGUGGUGGCGUACCCGCUGCAGGGCCACGUCAUCCCCGUGGUGCACCUGGCGCUGCGGCUCGCGGCGCGGGGCUUCGCCGUCACCUUCGUUAGCACGGAGGCCGUGCACGACCAGACGGCGCGCGCGCUGGGCGUGGACCCGGACGGGUACGACCCCUUCGCGGCCGCGCGCGCUCGGGCGCAGGAGGAGGGGCCGCCGCCGCCGCCGCUGGGCGACGUGUCAUACGCGCUGGUGAGCGACGGCCUCCCCGUGGGCUUCGACCGGUCGCUCAACCACGACGACUUCAUGGGCGCUCUGUUCCACGCGCUGCCCGCGCACGUCGAGCAGCUGCUCCGCCGCGUCGUCGUCGAACCCAGAGCCACGUUCCUCGUCGCCGACACCUUCUUCGUGUGGCCCGCCACUCUGGCCAGGCGCCUCGGCAUCGCGUAUGUGUCGUUCUGGACCGAGCCGGCGCUCAUCUUCAACCUCUACUACCACAUCGACUUGCUCACCCAGAACGGACACUUUAGAUGCAACGAGCCUCGCAAGGACACGAUCACCUACAUCCCGGGCGUGGCGGCCAUCGAGCCGAGCGAGCUCAUGUCGUACCUGCAGGAGACGGACACCACCUCCAUCGUCCACCGCAUCAUCUUCAAGGCGUUCGACGAGGCCCGCGGCGCCGACUACGUGCUCUGCAACACCGUGGAGGAGCUGGAGCCGUCGACCAUCGCGGCGCUGCGCGCCUACAGGCCCUUCUACGCCGUGGGGCCCAUCCUCCCGGCGGGCUUCGCGCGCAGCGCCGUGGCCACGUCCAUGUGGGCGGAGUCCGACUGCUCCCGGUGGCUGGACGCGCAGCCGGUCGGGUCCGUGCUCUACAUCUCCUUCGGCAGCUACGCGCACGUGACCAAGCAGGAGCUGCGCGAGAUCGCGGGCGGCGUGCUGGCCAGCGGCGCCCGGUUCCUGUGGGUGAUGCGCCCGGACAUCGUGAGCUCCGACGACCCGGACCCGCUGCCCGAGGGGUUCGCCGAGGCCGCGGCGGGGCGCGGCCUGGUGGUCCAGUGGUGCUGCCAGGUGGAGGUGCUCUCCCACGCCGCCGUCGGCGCCUUCCUCACGCACUGCGGCUGGAACUCCGUCCUCGAGAGCGUGUGGGCGGGCGUGCCCAUGCUGUGCUUCCCGCUGCUCACGGACCAGCUCACCAACCGCCGCCUCGUCGCGCGGGAGUGGCGUGCCGGCGUGUCCGUCGGAGACCGCGGCGCGGUGCGCGCCGACGAGGUGAGGGCGCGGAUUGAAGCGGUCAUGGGCGGGGAAGACGGCCUCAAGCUCAGGGAGCAGGUGAAGAAGCUCAGGGGCACACUCGAGGCUGCCGUGGCGUCCGGUGGUUCGUCGCGGCACAACUUCGACGAGUUCGUCGAGGAGCUGAAGCGCCGGUGCGGAGGCCGCUGAUCCGAAAGCUCGAGGACGGCAGCUGAGGUAGCCCCAGAAUACGUGUGCGAUGUACGCCUUGUAUCGUGUGCGUCACAUAAAAAACUGUCUUCAAUCUUGAUCGAAGCGUGUAUGCCGUGUACGGUGGGCAUUAUUGUUGUGCAGGGUUGAUGUGAUGUCUACCUUUGGCCCCUUUGGCUGAAGUGUAUACUUGUAUCUGCUCCAAGCCUCCAAGGUUAACAAUUUCAACAAGAUUGGAAAUCCAGUAAUA